CAACCCGGCGUAGUCUUGAACUGCAUCAGUCAUUUCUGGUGGUCCCAUACGCUCCGGCGUGUUCUGUCUACGCUUGUAUCAGGGAUUGUAAUCAGUCAUGGCUGACGAGGGAUAUGUGGUACGCAUCAGGGGUCUCCCAUGGUCCUGCUCAGUGGAUGAAGUACAGAGGUUUUUUUCAGAUAGCAAAAUCCUGAACAAUGGAGGUGGCAUCCACUUCACCUACACAAGGGAAGGGCGUCCCAGCGGAGAGGCCUUUGUGGAGUUGGAGACGGAGGAGGACCUGAAGAUUGCAGUGAAGAAAGACAGAGAAACUAUGGGUCACCGAUAUGUGGAGGUUUUUAAAUCCAACAAUGUGGAAAUGGACUGGGUCAUGAAGCACACUGGACCAAACUGUCCAGAAACGGCAGGAGAUGGGCUCGUCCGGCUCCGGGGUCUUCCCUUUGGAUGCAGCAAAGAGGAGAUUGUACAGUUUUUCUCAGGGUUGGAAAUCGUGCCAAAUGGGAUAACAUUGCCGGUGGACAUCCAGGGGAGGAGUACGGGGGAGGCCUUCGUGCAGUUUGCUUCACAGGAUAUAGCUGAAAAGGCUCUAAAGAAACACAAGGAAAGAAUAGGGCACAGGUACAUUGAGAUCUUCAAGAGUAGCCGCGCAGAGGUGCGGACCCAUUAUGAACCCCAGCGAAAGCCCAUGGGCAUGCAGAGACCUGGCCCCUAUGACCGGCCCUCUGGUGGUCGUGGAUACAACAUGAUGGGCCGGGGGGGAUCUUAUGACCGAAUGCGUCGCGGAGGUUAUGGCGGAGGUGUAUCAGAUGGAAGGUAUGGUGAUGGCGGCUCUUCCUUCCAGAGCACAACAGGCCACUGUGUUCAUAUGAGAGGCCUGCCAUACAGAGCCACAGAGACGGACAUCUACAACUUCUUCUCACCACUGAAUCCUGUGCGGGUCCACAUCGAGAUCGGUCCAGAUGGCAGGGUAACUGGAGAAGCAGAUGUAGAGUUUGCAACACAUGAGGAUGCUGUUGCAGCCAUGUCCAAAGACAAAGCAAAUAUGCAGCACCGCUAUGUGGAGCUAUUUCUGAACUCAACGGCAGGUGGCAGUAAUGGAGCAUAUGGCAGCCAGAUGAUGGGUGGAAUGGGCAACCAGUCGUCUUACAGCGGUGGCCAGCUGAGCUCAGGGUAUUCUGGUGGAUACAGCAGCCAAGGAAACAUGGGUGGCUACAAUGACUAUAUUAGGUAACCAGGGCGGAAUGGGAAGCAGUUACUACGGCGGCGGUGGAGGAGGAGGAGGAGGAGGAGGAAGCAGAGGCUCUAUGAAUGGACUGGGUGGGGGAUGGGGGAUGUAGAUUUUCUUUUUUCCCCCCUUAAUUUGAUGUUUUUUUUAAACUCAGCAUUUUGCUGUAAGGACUGGAAAUGUAAGUCUCACCUAGGGUCAGGCGAGGAGGUUUUCAAAAUACCGAUUGUUAGGCUUUGUUUUUUUAGCAGAUGAUCUUCAGAAAGAUGUGAAAUCAUCUGGUGUCACAACAGUGCUGUUCGUCUUCCCCAUUCCUGUUUUCACAUGUCACAGAAAACAUGCUUUACUCUUUUGAUAUAAUGAAGUGUGUCAUUUGUGUUUUUCAAACAUCUGGCUGCUCCUCGAGGUUAAUUCAUCCUUUUUUGUUGGCUGUAACAUAAUUUUCAAUGUCUGAGUGCAUGAACAAAAUCAGAAUGUUUCUGUUAUCUAAUGUUUUGACCUUGUUUCAUCUUCUACAUAGUGUUAAGCCUUUUGUUUCCUGUUAAAUUGUUCAUCUGACUUUGACUUCACAUGGUCAGAGAAUUUGUUUUCUUAAGGCGUGACUGUUGAUGGAGCUUUUUUUUCUGGAUUUGGGCUUUAUCAACAGCAAGUGAAUUUAAGAUCAGACAACAUUGAAGGUUUCUACUGCUUCAAAUGUUAUUUGUAUUUCAUGUGCACAAAGUGAAUAAACUAGUCUGGAAUAUCUAAUUGAAAACAA